AUGUUGCUCGGUAAUGUAGGUGCCAAGGGGCUUACCACAGUGGAGUCCUUGCAAUUUGACUUGGCUACAAUACAAGUAGCAACAAAUUAUUUCUCUCCUGAAAACAAGUUGGGUGAAGGUGGAUUUGGUGAAGUUUUCCAGGGUAGACUUCCUAAUGGACAACAAAUUGCGGUGAAGAGGCUAUCUCGAAGGUCAAGACAAGGUGUUGAAGAAUUUAAGAAUGAAAUUCUAUUAGUUGCAAAGCUUCAUCACAGAAACCUUGUACGACUGCUUGGAUUUUGCUUGGAGGGAGAUGAAAAGUUGCUAGCCUACGAGUUAGUGCCAAAUAAAAGCCUCGAUUACUUCUUAUUUGAUCCCAAGAAAAGGAGACAGUUGGAUUGGCCAUUACGUCAUAAAAUUGUUUUUGGGAUUGCAAGAGGAAUGCUCUAUCUACAUGAAGAUUCUCGUCUCCGGGUCAUCCAUCGUGACCUUAAAUGUAGCAAUAUCUUAUUAGACAGUGAAAUGAACCCCAAGAUUUCAGAUUUUGGCAUGGCAAGGAUUUGAGUUGACCAAACUCAAGCAAGCACAAACAAAAUAGUGGGGACUUUUGGUUAUAUGUCUCCAGAAUAUGCGAUGCAUGGAGAGUUCUCAGUGAAAUCCGAUGUAUAUAGUUUUGGCAUAAUACUUCUAGAGAUCAUAUGCAGCAAGAAGAAUAACUACUACCACCAACUGGACGAGGGUGAAUAUCUUGCUAGUUAUGUGUGGAAUCAAUGGAGAGAUGGCAAGCCCUUGGAAGUGUUGGACCCGGCUAUCGUGGAUUCAUAUUCAAGAGAUGGAGUGUUUCGAUGCUUGCACAUUUGCUUACUAUGCAUUCAGGAAGAUCCGACUAUUAGACCCACUAUGGCAACCGUAGUUCUCAUGCUCAACAACAAUUCCUUUACCUUGCCAUUGCCUCGACAUCCCGCCUUCUUCAUCCAAAGUAGCUUGUCUGGACCAAGCAUUCAAAUGGAAGAACUUAAAUUGAACCAACCUCCUAGGAGGACAAUGCCUUCAUCAACAAAUGGCAUGUCAAUUACUGAGUUGUGCCCCCGAUGA